UUUAUCAGUAUCGAUGAUAAUAUUAUUUCAAACAAAUAUUUAAAAUAUCUAAGGCAAGAUGUUGAAUUUUCUAAAAAUUAUUUUAGCGAUUUGCUUACUCGUGAGAAAAAUCAAUGGAAUUGACGUUCAUUUAGCUGAUGAUAUUGAUAAAAUAACAGAUUUCGUUGUGGAAACCCUUAAUAUUAAUGACGAUGACAAAUUGAAAGAUAAGGCGAAAAAUUUCGGCGACCUGGAUAUCGAUGGAGAAAAAAAUUAUCAAGAGAUUGUUGAUAAAUAUUUCGUAAAACUGCCUAAAAAAGAUGUCAAUAGAGAUGAAAUUAUCAAACUGAAGGGAUUGAUAAAAAAAGUAGACGAUGUUUGGGGAAAAUAUGGAACUGCGGAAUUGAAUGAUGAUGACAAAGCCGAGUUGGCUGAUUUGCCUGGAACGUUGAGUGAACUUUUUAAACUUUAUACGGGCAAUGGAAAAGGCGACUUACCUUCUAGAAUUUCUAAGGAUGAACGACCGAGUAUUUGUCAGACCGUGAUGAAUGAUCAGGUCCGACUGUGGAAAUUGCAUCAGGCCGUGGUUUUGUCUGAGCUCAGGGGACUUUUUUUGAACCUCAAAGCAGGUAAUGAUCGUGACACGGCAGCUGCCCAGGCUAUACUGCAUUCAGAAGAGUAUAUUUUAGCGACGGUAAAUGGUUUUAUUGCUGCCAAGCCAAGUCAUUGUCGCUGUGACCCAGAAGAACAUGACCGAGGAAAAACAUUCACGGAAUUUCUGGGACUUUUCCAAGGAAUAAUGGUUAAUGAAGUACAGUCAAGUAAUAGACAAGGAGAUACUUGCACCAACAGUUGUGGUACUCUAGAAAAUUCUCGAAUUGAAAAAUGUUACAUGCAAACAAUAAAAAAUCGCACAGAAGUUUAUUGUCAAGAAAAAGAAUGUCAAGGAAAACUAUUUAAUUGUAAUAAAGGCGGUGAUACUACAGCAUGUGAACUGGGCAAGUCAUCGGACAGACGAAUUCAGUGGGCGGAUACCACAGAAGCCGGUGUUUUGGGUGUGAAAGGCGAUGAUUGUGAUGGUGAAGAAAAGCUUCUGAAAGAUUAUGAUAAGGGUGAAACAACUUGCCCAGUAUGUUAUUGUACUUGUGCUGAGGAAGACGGCAAGUCAGAGGUACUCAGAGCUAUUAGUUUGAUACCACAAUUUUCCGACAUUAAAAAAAAUAAAAUAGUCACUGGCGUGCAAUUUGUUGAGCAAGACCAGCUAAUUCACAUCCAAAUCGAGCAAUCCAGCCUAGUAGAAUUUGGCGAAAUCGAUCCAGGAUCAGAAGGACUCGUCGACUUAAAAAGUUUCACAUACAGAGAUUCCGACCCAGGGUAUUUUGAAAUGAGGGCCGAUCGCAAAGAUAAAAAAUUGGCCGAUGGUGUUGGGUUCAAAUUUAUCACCUCCGAGGACCGGAAGAUCAGUCUCGAUCAAGUGGUGGCUCCGGAAGGUGAAGUUAUCGUCGGAGUUACUUUUGCUUGGAAUGAGAAUACUAGAGCUAUUGAACUACGAAUCUUAUCAUGGCCGUUUAAUUUCGUUUCCGGUAGACUCACUGAUCCAGUAGAUUUGUCUCCCGACGAUAAUUUGGAGUGGAUCAGUUGGGAAAAUUCAGCAACACGCUCGAAAUAUUACAAUACAGAGAGGAGCCAAGUAGAUUUAGAUGAUUUGGACGAUCCAAUAAAAGCAAUGACUCCAAACAAGCCGUAUUCGAAACCAAAUCAAGAGCUAGAAAUUGGAGCCACUGGCUACAAAGUCGAUAUGGCGCAACACACUAUCCCCUAUUUGGACCUUCUACCAGUAACUUAUUCCGAGGUCAAGAGCCCGCUUCGGGGAUUAGAAAUAAUUUACAAAAGAUCUGAAGGCUACGGAGGUUUUCUGGCCUUCAAAAUUCACACCUAUGAUUUUACAGAUAAAUUUGUCCGUCAGAUGUCGCAGAUGGAUCUCGAUAAAUAUCAAGCUAACUUUGACGAUUCUCUUGUUCUUGAUGUACCAGUUAAAUAAAUUUAUAUUUCUUUUUAUUGUAAAUGUUACAGAAAUAAAAAUAUAUACUUAUUGGAAAAUAUAA